GUCAACCGCUAAGCAUUUUGGAGGCCUGAAAAGUAAUUUGCUAUGGGGCCCAGUAAUAUACAGUUGCUCCACUGCCUACAUUCUUCUUUAAUCUAUUCAGGACAGGCAUAUUAAUAUUUUAUCCAGACAUUAAUGGAGGUUGAUGUACUGAGAGUACUUUCAAAAUAAACUUUUCAUUACAUACUAUAUUACACAGCCAGAUAAAAACUGGAGUUAACAGGCUGCUUUUUGAUAAACACGUUUGCAUUUCUAGAACAAAUAACAAUUUUUUUUUUGACAAAGCAAGCUUAAGCAGCAGCUCUACAAUCAGCUACUAGAGUACAUUUUUUUUAGAAAUGCAACUAUUUGUGGUAUAGGUGUUAUAAUAAAUGUAGUUUCUGUGGAGUCCACUAGAAGGCCCUCUCUAGUAUGUACCAUGCAGAAAUGAAUACAGAAAUGCACUUUACACCCAAAGUACCAUGGUAAUGGAUUUCACAUAAGUAAAACGUUCAAUGAUAAAACUGCUUGGUCAUUCUAAUUAAUAAAAAAUAAUUAAAAACAACCUAAUUAAGCAUUAAAAUGACUAUUUCCAAAACUGUCACCCUCAUUCAAGCUCUUCAAUUGCUUCCAAAACCCAAGAACAAGAAGUGGAUAAAGAAUUCAGCUCCUUUGUCCUUUGUCAUCAUCUGGAUUUACCCAUGGUCACAAAAGGUUGGUUCAGGACUAAAAUUAAAAUUCAAUUCAAUUUGGUACUGAACCAAAGACUAACACAACUAAGACAACUUCACAAAUAUCUGUCAGGAUCAGUGGCCAAACCAUAAUGCAAAUGUCUAUCAAGGGGCUACACUGAGUUACAGGUACCACUGCCUUGUAGUGUUUGGUGUCGGGACCAAUGGUAGAAAAACAGUUAGCAUAGUAAGGGUUAACUGGAGGUAGGGACAGAAUUCAAAGCACAGCACUGUAAGGGUUAAUAAACACAAAGUCCAGGAGCAAUAGCAGGGCAGAGCUGGAAUGGUUCAGUCAAGGUAAGAUAGACAAGGGCAAUACCAAGAACAAGUCAGUGACCACCUAGCACAGUUGGAGUGGCCAGCAGUGGGACAUAAAGAACUGGCUCCAAACAUUGGCAUGAGUUGUCUUUAGCUCACAUCACGUCUGGCAUACCCUUGGAAUUCUGGAUUUCCAAUGUACAUGAACGGGUUCUUGGCAUGUCUUCACUGGUAUCAUGGAGCCACCACCAGUUCAGUUACAUCACCGCUGAGUGCUGGACUCACGACCCCAAAGACAAGAUGAGAGACUCCAAGAGAAGCUGAAAAAUAUACUCAUUACACAAUGGAGCAAAUUAAGUGUCACAAUAAAUUACUAAUCCCAAAACAAUAAUUUUGGGGAACAAAACUGAAAUCCAUGUGGGGAACGACUUCAGAAACAAUUUCAAGAACAGCACACUGCUGAAAGGUGGGUAACUAGAUGCUUUUUAAUACACACCUUUACUACUACUUUACUAACAGCAGUUUCCAUUAGGCCUAUGGAAACCCCUGGCUACCAAUUAUUUUUAAACAUUUAUGGGAGGUGCCUAACCACCAAUGUUGUUGUUUUUUGUUUUAUUUGGGGGCCUGACCACCAAUGUUUUUUUUUUAACUGGGGAGGGGAGGCUGGCCGCCAAUGUUGCACAUUUAUAUGUGGGCUGCUUUGAUUUUUUUGCCAGGGCUGCUUUUUACUCCCAGUCCAGCCCUACCACUGCCUUUUGCUCCUAGAGUGGCUAUAACAGAGCUACUACUGCUAAACUAAACAUUCCCUAACUGAACCUGACACCAGCUCUGACCCAGUCCUGUACCCAACUACCUGCAAGUUGGGAUCCAGGAAAAGAGCCCUGAGCAUGUGCUCUCCCAUUAAUACAAAAUGACACUGCCUUCUAGUGGGCUUUCAUAGAAUUGCUAUUAUAUAAAAUGUUAUUGUCGAAAAGGAAAUAAUCACCCAGGGCACACUGAAGACUACCUUAGGUGUCCAAACUAAAGGGGACACUGCCUGAGAAAAAUAUAUCUAAUCCUCAGGGUGUCUACACUUUACCGUUACAGUGUGCUUUUAAUCUGAUACAUCACCCCAAAUAGCAGUGCAGCAGGGAGAAAGACUGGAGUUUAUCAGUCACAAAGCUUUGCAGACUUGGGAAACUAAUUAUGUCACAUUUCAAAAUUCAAUAAUAAAAAAGAAUCUAUUUGCUCGUUUUAAACACAGAUUUCAGCACAGGAUUCUGCUUGAGGAGCAUUAUGAACAAAAAAACAAAUAUAGUGCAUGCAAAUGCUUCUUCUAGAAGCCAGUUCUUGUUCUCAUUUGUUGUAGAGCUGUACAGUGUUAUUUUACAGUCCUAAACAGAAUCUGUUAACUUCUGCAACCCCAACAUAAUAUGUAGAUUUUGGAUUAGUGCAAGCUGAUUGGCCAGAUAUUGCACUACCUUUUAUGCAUGACAUUCCCAUAUAUAAAUUUCGUUCAAUCUGCCUGCUUGGUAUCUGCAGUUCUGCAGUCAUCUGUAGCAUAUGUUCCUUUGUGUAAAGAAUUCUUAGAUCUCUCUGAAAUGGAAACAAACCUUAACUGUAUAGCCUGUCACCUACAGGAAAGAAAUAGAGAGAAGACAGAGGACAUUUCUCCAUUGCAUACUUGCAUUUUUCUGGGUGGGAUAAAUCUGACCUUACUGGACAAUAGCAUGUCAGCACAGCAGUUUCUGAAGCAGAAAGCUACCAGUAAUUCAGCAUCAGGAAAUGAAGAUGCCUUUUAUGUUGCAGACCUUGGAGACAUAAUGCAGAAACACUGCCAGUUCAUGAAAGAGCUACCUCGAGUGAAGCCUUUCUAUGCAGUGAAAUGCAACAGUACAAGGGAGGUUCUCCAAACACUGGCAUAUCUGGGAACAGGAUUUGCUUGUUGUAGUACGGCAGAGUUAGAUAUGGUGCUAAGGAUGGGAGUACCCGCUACUGACAUUGUCUACGCCAACCCCUGUAAGCAAAUAUCUCAUAUUAGAUAUGCUGCUGAGCAUGGUGUGCGCAGAAUGACCUUCGAUUGUGAAUCAGAACUUUUUAAAAUUGCGGCAUCUUACCCUCAGGCUGAGAUGAUUCUUCAAAUUGUAGCUGACAACAGAGAUUCUUGGCACAGCCUCAGUGGCAAAUGCGGUGUCCACAUCAAUGAAUGUGAGAAUCUUCUCGAGAAAGCAAAGAGCCUUAACAUUCAAGUAUUUGGAGUGAGUUUUCAUACUGGUUCUGGAUGCAAGAACACUCAUUCCUUUCGCAAAGCCAUUGAAGAUGCCAGAAAGGCAUUUGAUAUUGGGAAGAAAUUGGGAUAUAAGAUGAGAAUCCUGGAUAUUGGCGGGGGUUUUCCUGGGGACACUGAAUUCCUGCCAACAUUUGAGAAGUUUGCAGAAGUCAUAAACAAAUCCCUGGACCAAUGCUUUUCUUGCAAUGAGGAUGUUGAGAUUAUUGCAGAACCUGGAAGAUAUUAUGUGAGCUCAGCUUUCACAGCUGCUCUGAAUAUUGUUACCAAGAAGGAGGUGACUAAGAAAGAUGGAGAAGGAAGAAGGACAUUGUCCUAUAUUCUGAAUGAUGGGACAUUUGGGUCUUUUCUUCUUAAUUAUUUACAAAUAGAAGAAAAAAAUCUAAAGCCAUUCGUAGGGAAGGACUUUGACACAGCAUUGGAGCUCUUUCCCAGUAUCCUUUGGGGACCCACAUGUGCAAGUGAGGAUGAAAUUUUGAAUAAUGUAGAUCUCCCAGAACUGGAAAUGGGAGAUUGGAUAUUUUUUCCAAACAUGGGGGCUUACACCAUUUCCAUGAAUUCCAAUUUCAAUGCAUUUGCUGCACCCAAGGUAUACUUUGUGCUCACCAAAGAAAAAUCACUGUAGAAACACCAUCAAUAUAAUUUGUACCACAAUAAGAACCAUUAUUUUAGUAGCAGAACAAAGCUAUCACUCCAAACUGAGCUAUUCACUAAAUGGUUGGCUAUGUCUGCAGAUUAUAUAUUGUAUGACAUGUAUAGGCACUACAAAUCAGUGGUAAUUAUACAAAUUAUACAAAUAAAAAAUACUUCAUGAAAGGUUUAA